GUCAGCUCAGUUAGGAUCUGAGGAGAAGUGGACGCGCAGCUGAGGGCUCAUCAUGGCACCACUUGGACUAAAAGCCAUUGUUGGAGAAAAGAUAAUGAACAAUGUCAUCAAGAAGGCAAGAGAAAAAGGAAAAUGGAAGGUGCUGGUGGUGGAUAAGCUGAGUAUGAGGAUGAUUUCCUCCUGCUGUAAGAUGACAGACAUCAUGUCAGAGGGAAUCACCAUUGUAGAAGACAUAACCAAGCGGCGCGAGCCUCUGCCCAGCAUGGAGGCCAUCUACCUGAUAACACCCACAGAUGAGUCUGUCGAGGGUCUGAUUGAUGACUUCAGAGACCCGCAGUCUCCGAGGUACCGAGCAGCUCACGUCUUCUUCACUGACACAAUCCCAGACUCACUGUUUGGCCUGUUGACCAAAUCCCGCGCUUCCAAAGCCAUGAAGGCCUUGACUGAGAUCCACGUCGCCUUUCUGCCCUAUGAAUCUCAAGUCUUCUCCCUGGAUAGAGUGGAUGCCUUUCAGGACUUCUACAGCCCCUUCAAGGCUGACGUGAAGAACAACAUGCUGGAGUCUUGUGCUGAGCAGAUCGCCACCCUCUGUGCCACUCUCAAAGAGUAUCCUGGAGUCAGAUACAGAGCGGAGUACAAAGACUGCGCAGUUCUUGCCCAGAUGCUUCAGGAGAAGCUGGAUGGCUACAAGGCUGAUGACCCCACCAUGGGAGAGGGUCCAGACAAGUCUCGAACUCAGCUGCUCAUCCUGGACCGUGGGUUUGAUCCCGUGUCACCUCUCCUGCAUGAGCUCACACUGCAGGCCAUGGCGUACGACCUGCUGGGCAUUGAAAACGACGUGUACAGUUUUGAGACCAGCGGGAUGGGGGAGACGAGGACGAAGGAGGUGUUGCUGGAUGAGGAUGACGACCUGUGGCUGACUCUGAGACACAAACACAUCGCUGAGGUGUCGACGGCUGUAACUCGCUCUCUGAAAGAAUUCUCUGCCAGCAAAAAGAUGAACACUGGAGAAAAGACCACCAUGAAAGAACUGUCUCAGAUGCUGAAGAAGAUGCCUCAGUAUCAGAAAGAGCUCAGCAAGUAUUCAACCCAUCUCCACCUGGCUGAGGACUGUAUGAACCGCUACCAGGGCACUGUGGACAAACUCUGUCGUGUAGAGCAGGAUCUGGCGAUGGGCACAGAUGCAGAGGGAGAGAAGAUCAAGGAUCCCAUGAGACUCAUCGUACCCGUUCUACUGGACACCAAUGUCAGUGUGUCUGACAAGAUCCGCAUCAUCCUGCUCUACAUCUUCCUUAAGAAUGGUGUGACUGAGGAGAACCUGUGUAAACUGCUUCAGCAUGCCAACAUCCCACCAGAGGACAGUGACAUCAUUUCCAACAUGGCCCACAUGGGCAUGCCCAUUGUCUCUGAGGGCACUGCCAAGAAAACCAAGAAGCCUGACCGCAAGGAGCGAAUCAGUGAACAGACCUACCAGCUCUCCAGGUGGACUCCUCUCGUCAAGGAUCUAAUUGAGGACGCCAUUGAGGACAAACUUGACCCCAAGCUGUACCCGUACAUUUCCCAGCGACAAGCAUGUGCCAAAGCCAGCGCUCCAUCAAGUGCUCGCUAUGGUAACUGGCACAAGAACAGGGGACCCACAGAGAUGAAGACGGGGCCCAGGAUCAUUGUCUUCAUCAUUGGAGGAAUGACCUACAGCGAGAUGCGCUGCGUUUACGAGGUCACUCUGGCCAAUGGCAAGUGGGAGGCCAUCAUUGGAUCAACUGAAAUUUUCACCCCACCUCGCCUUCUAAAAGCCCUCAAAGAUUUGGAGAAAGAAGAGCAGACAAACUAAGAAGCUCCUGUAGUGCACCCCCCCCUCCCCCACCCCCAGCCUACAUACAAACAGCAGCAAUACAGUCCAAACUAUAACUACUCCCCUCCCCAACAUGACACAUCAUAUAUAGACUUGAUGUUGUGUACAAUUCAGUUGCUGUUAUCUCGCGAACCAAACUGUGUUCUGAGUCACCAUGUAUUGAAUCAAAUGAGUGCGUCAAUGUUGGUCAGAGUUUACUGGAAGAUUGGAUUUGUGUUGAAGGUUGUCUAUAUUGUGUUUAUUUCUGUGUGUGGAUUAGUUUAGAUGACUGGGUGAGAUUCAGGGACUGCAGGUUAAAGAGUAUAUUUGGACAAUCACUCCAGUCUUUCAUUUACAACAGGACAUAUUCCAUAGAAGGCUCAUGAUCAUUUGACAAAUUUUCUGUGUCUAUUAUAAUCUCUGUCCUAUCAAUUACACAUCCUCUCCUGUCAUUUUCUUCUAUUUUGUUGGAGCAUGCCAGUUUUAAUAUAGUGCUUUCCACACCAUACUGUGCAUAUCAUCUGAUUUACGUGUCUGACCUUGGAAAUGCUUAUGCAAGGCUACUCUGAUGGUAUAUUUAGCUGUAGAUUCAGCAAUUGAAAGAUAAAUAUACAGUAUAGUUGGGUUUUCUCUUUCCUGUGCAUUGUCUCAAUACACAGCAGUGUUUUCAGCAGUGUGUUUUUUGUCCUGUAGAGGUUCAGUGUCCUUUUGCUUCCCUGUAUUUGACCAUAAUGUUGUCAUUUGUUAUUGUUGUGUAGUGAUUCUCUGUGACUAGUAAUCCACUGUGUAUGAAGAGAGAUGUCAGUAUUAUCAUAAGUCUGUGCUUUUAUGUCCACAUUCAUGAAAAGUACUUGCUGCAGGAUCUGUUUUAAGCUAAUAAAGUGGCUUCCAUUAAA